AUGGAGGAUCAGUGUGUAACAGUAGCCAAAGGGGGAGUGAUUUGCUCAGUACCCACCAGAACAACGAUAAUUGCAGCAUCCAAUCCAAAAUCAGGACAUUUUGAUUCUAGCAAAUCCAUUCGGGAUAAUCUACGGUUUGAUUCAGCACUUCUUUCCAGAUUCGAUCUGAUAUACAUUCUGAAGGACGAUUUGAAAAAUCAAUUUGAUGAUGUGUAUAUCAACACACCUCCAAUAUUUUUGUCAAAGGUGAAAAUUAUUAAGAAAAGGUUUGAAUUCUUCGACAAAGCAGAUAAUCUGAGCAACUACUUUCCAAUAUACUUGGUGCAGAAGGAGAUACUGACCAUUCGUGGAAUAUACUUUGAAGAUGCCAUUACGAGAGAUCAUUAUUACAAGUUGCUGAAGUCAGCAAUAAGGGCGAAUGAAAGCAAAGAAGAUGGGACUGCUUUCCAAAUACAGAAUAUAGGAGAAUAUGAUGGAAAUGAAACAUUGAGAAGUGUUUACAUUGUUAAGGGUAUUGAUCAGUCCUCCACUGACCCCGAUCAACAAAAGCCAGGAGUGAUAAUAUUCUCGACCGACUCUGGGAUUUAUAAGAAGUAUAAAUCUGGAACUACUAAAAUAUCCGAUCUCAAGGCGAAGAAUAUAAUGUAUGAUGAGGAAAACCAGCUGUUCUACUUUCAAGUGAAGCAUAAGCUGCACAUUGCUGAGCUGAAUAGUGAAACUGUCGAGCUCAAGAGCAAGUCGAUUAAUCUGGAUGUUGGCAGAUUUUUUAUUGGUAAAUGCCAGAACUCUACAUAUGUGUCACUGACCAAUAAAGGAGAUUAUAACUUCUCACUGAUAUACCUCCUGACUAUAGAAUCUGAUGAUAAGAAAAAUGAAAUCAAAUUGUUUAGAAAGUUGUAUGUGGGGUUUAAAGUUGAGCGGGAUGAAGGUUCACAGGAUAAAAUCUGCAUUAAUCCACAAUUAGGGAACACUGCUUAUUCUAUUGUUGAGAACAAUGUUAUGUAUCCUAAGGAUGAAAACUCUCAUACAGAAUUGAACGAUAACAAGGCACUUAUUUCCGCACUCACGAAUCCAGAGAAUCUUGUAUAUGAAGCGAAGAGAAUGUUUGGUAAGGGUUACUACCAUUCAGAUAUUCAGAAGUCCAUGAAGUAUUGGCCAUUCAAACUGAAGGAGAUUAAGGCGUCUUCAACGGAUAUCGCAAAAGAAAAGGUUGAGGAUAACAUAGUCCCAGCAUAUUUCCAUGAUGGUGCAAAGCAGAGAACUCUUGGAGCUUCCAAAAUCGCAUUCUCUAAUGAAGUUGAUUCUAAUGGCAAGCCACUUGAUGUUCAGACAGUUCUGUUGGCUGAACCAACAGCUGCUGCUAUGGCCUAUGGUUCAAAGAUGAUCAAGAACAAUCAGGUCAAAGAUGGGGAUGAGGAGAGGAUUCUUGUAUUUGAUUUAGGUGGUGGUACUUAUGAUGUUUCAAUUUUGGAAUUUAACUACGAUAAGAACAAUCCCGUUGGAGAGGUAAAAGCAACCGAUGGAGAUAACUAUUUGGGUGGUGGAGAUUUUGACAAUAUUAUUAUAGAAAUGGCCAGAAAUGAAUUCAAGAAAGCCUAUCCAGAAGAAGUAGCAAACACUAAGAUGACAAAGGAACAAGAGUUAAAUGAUAAGAAAAACGAUAUUAGAUUGAGACAGGAGGCUAUCAAGAUCAAGUCUCAACUUUCAUCUGGAACCACUGCUACAUUUAAUUUGAGCUGUUACAGGGGAGAAAAGGGAAUUAAUUUUGAGGUGACCAGAAGUAGAUUUGAAAGAGCUUCUAAGUCAUUGUUUGAUAGAUUGUUAGAGAAAUGUAAGGGAGUUCUUCUUUCUUACUCUAAGAUCACCCCAGUUUACACGGAUGAUGCAGAAUUCCAAAAGUUAAAUCAGUCCUGGAAUCGUUCUUUGGAGAAACUGCAGAUUCAUCUAACAAGAAAUUCUGAUGAUAAUGAAGGUCCAAAGUUGUUGUUGGUGGAUAAUGUUCCAUUGAAUCUAAAUAUUGAAACCUAUGGGGGUGUAGCUACACCGAUUAUUGAAGCUAGAACGGCUAUUCCAGCCAAGAACUCUCAGGGUAACAGGCCACAAUCCUCAGAUAAUUAUCACGUGGGUUCCUUUACAUUGAACAAUAUUGCACCAGCAAGAAAAGGAGAGCCUCAAAUUGAGGUAACUAUUGAAGUUGAUCAGAACAACAUCCUUAAAGUUACAGCUGUUGAUAAGAAAUCUGGAAUGUCAGAGAUAUUCGUACAGAAUAUGACAGAUAAGCUCACUGAUGAGGAUAUUGAAAGGAUGAAAAAUCUUGCUGCAGAACAUGCCAAGGCAGAUGAAAUUUUCUCAAAGAGAGUUGCAGCCAAGAAUCAAUUCGAAAGUUUGCUCUAUGAAUUCCAGGACAAGAUUGAUUCUGCUCAAAUCAGUGAAGAAAUUAAAACUCAGAUGAGGGCAAAGUGCGAUGAGGAAGAGGGAUAUUUAAGGGGUGAAGCAAUGAGUGCUCAGCCAGAAGCUAUCAAAGCAAGAAUGGAAGAGUUUUCCAAAACAAUUACCCAAAUGAUGAGUGGAUCUGCAUCUGAAGCAAAGCCAACAGACAAUGGAGACGUAGAAGAGGUUCUAUAA